UGGACCUAUUUAUAAUAUAUAUAUAUAUCGAGGCAGAAAUUCUGCGUCAAAAUUCCAGUUUUUGCAGCACUCAUUUGAGUUUUAUGUUUUUCCAGACUCGUUAGAAAUUGAGUUUCAUUCUUUCAGGCAUGUCUUCCUUCUGGGUUGGUAAAGAAUCUCAAUGACAUUUUGUCUUUUUCUCGUUUUUUUUUCAAACUUUUACAUUCCGAAAACCACUACACACAGAAGAAAGCCGUUUUUAAAAUGUUCCAUAGAAUUUAAUUUAAGCUUGCAUAUCUCUUAAAUAAAUGUGAUAUUGAUAUGGCUAGCUAGCUAGCUACGAGUCAGAAAAUGAUGUCUCAAACUUGCAUAUUUCGAGAGGAUAACUUUCUUUUGAUCUGUUCUUUGUAUGCUUUUUUUUGGGGUGCAGUGAAAGAAUGGCGUGGUUUCUGAUACUGAACAACUGAUUUCCAACCAGACAAAACAUUUCUUUUUCAUUCUUUCGAAUUAAAAUAAUUACAACAAGACAAAACAACUUACCAUAUUAAAAAAAAAAAGCAAAAGGUGGCUGUCAGUGAGCCUGAGACUGUCGAGAAAAGAGCAUAAAGGGAUCCAAAUUCUGAAUUAAUGGACUCCAUUCGGUUAUUUACAUAAAUUAAUAAAAUUGAAAAGAAACAAAGUAUUCAGUUUUGUAUGCAUACAUGCCCUUCAUCAUAAUCAUGUCAUGAUCUUUAGACAGUUUGAGAUGGUUGUGUCUUCUGCUGCCGCGGUAUAGAGUAUAUAGAAUGACGAAGAUGGUGUCUGACAACUCCUCUUCUUCUCAUCACCGCUCUCCCAACACUCCCAAGUUCUCUAACCCCUUCACAACUCGAAUCUUUUCUGAUGUUGCGGGAGACAUUACAAUUGUGGUUGAUGGAGAGUCUUUCUUAUUGCACAAGUUUCCAUUGGUUUCUCGGAGUGGGAAGAUUCGGAAAAUGGUGGCAGAAGCCAAAGACUCCAACAUUUCAAAGCUGGAGCUUGUCAACAUACCAGGGGGACCCCAGGCUUUCGAAUUGGCCAUAAAGUACUGUUAUGGAAUGAACUUUGAGAUCACAACUUCAAACGUUGCUCAACUGCGUUGUGCUGCAGAAUACUUGGAAAUGACAGAAGAGUAUAGAGAUGAAAAUCUCAUCAAACGAGCAGAGACUUACCUAAAUGAAGUAGUGAUUCAAAGCUUUGAAAAGGCAGUUGAAGUUCUCGCAGCCUGCCAAUCGUUACCUCAGAUUGUGGAAGAGAUUGGAAUCCCAAGCAGAUGUAUUGAGGCUAUAGCCGUGAAUGCCUGCAAGGAACAACUAGUUUCAGGCUUGUCAAGGUUAGAUUGUGAUAAGGAAUUAACAGAACUUAAGAGUGGUUGUCUUGAGUGGUGGGUUGAAGAUCUCUCAGUACUAGGGAUUGAUUUUUAUCAGAGGGUUGUCUGUGCAAUGGGAAGAUCAGGAGUUAGACAAGAUAGCAUUAUUUCUUCAUUGAUGCAUUAUGCUCAGGCAUCGCUGAAAGGGAUUAAUGGGAAAUGUAGUCAAGUUUGGAAUCCUGCAAAACUGAAACCGAAUCUGAUUUUUGCAGAACAUGAGCAAAGAACCAUUUUGGAGGCUCUUGUGAGUUUAAUGCCCCAAGACAAAAGUGUUUCAAUUCCACAGAAUUUUCUGUUUGGAAUGUUGAAGAUGGCAACCAUGUUGGACACAACAAUUGCUUGCAGGCUUGAGCUCGAAAGGAGGAUAGCAUUUCGGUUAGACUUUGUUUCACUUGAUGAUCUUCUCAUACCAUCUUUAAAAUCUGGAGAUUCAUUGUUUGAUGUUGAUACUGUUCACCGCAUACUAGUAAACUUUCUCCAGCGAAUUGAGGAAGAAGAGAGCAAGGAUUUUGGAUAUGAAUCAGAUGGCAUUGGUUCUCCAAGUCAUGGUUCUUUGUUAAAAGUUGGGAGGCUUAUGGAUGCAUAUCUUGCAGAAAUUGCUCCUGAUCCUUAUCUAAGCCUGCAAAAGUUCAUUACGGUCCUUGAAAUUCUACCAGAUUACGCCCGUGUCAUCGAUGAUGGGCUUUAUAGAGCAGUUGAUAUCUAUCUAAAGGCUCAUCCAAUGCUAACCGAACUAGAAUGCAAGAAGCUAUGCAAGUUCAUAGACUGUGGUAAGCUCUCUCAAGAAGCCUGUAACCACGCAGCUCAAAACGAUAGACUCCCAGUGACUAUGUCAGUCCGUGUUCUCUAUUUCGAGCAGCUACGGCUAAAGAAUGCACUUUCUGGAAGCUCAGGGGAUGGGCUCCUUUCGCAGCGAAUGAGCAGUGGCGUGCCAAGCGCGGCCAUGUCCCCACGAGACAAUUAUGCUUCUCUGAGGAGAGAGAACAGAGAGCUGAAACUUGAGAUCACAAGAAUGCGAGUGAGGCUUAGUGAGUUGGAGAAAGAACAAGUUUGUAUGAAGCAAGGAAUGAUGGACAAAACAGGGAAUGGGAAAACGUUCUUGACUUCAAUAUCUAGAGGGAUUGGAAGGAUUGGCAUAUUCAGUACUGGUCCAAAUGGUGGAAAACGACAGAAGAAUGGACGAAAGUCCAGGGGAUCAGAAGGGAAUAACAAGAAUGGCAGAAGUAGGAGAUUUUCUGUUUCAUAAAUAAUUGUCCUUAAAUAUCAAAAAACAAAAAUUAAUAGUUGUUUUAUUAGUAAGGUUUUUGAGGGGUAUAGAAUAUAGUCAUGUCACUGUAUGUUUAUGUUAGUAAAGUUGGUAGUGUCUUCCUAUCAUUGUGGUGCAACGAAAAGAGAAUAAAAAACAACACAAGUGUUGAAUGGGAGAUAUGUUAGAAGUAAAACAUCAUGUAUACCACUAUUAAUUUGGCCACCCGAUGACACGACUACUGGCGUACUUCUGUUUUCUAUUUUUUUUUUUUUGAGAGAGAGAAAUUAAACUUU